AUGAAGACGGAAUUCAAGUUCUCCAACCUCCUGGGCACAGUCUAUGGCCGAGGAAAUCUUGUCUUCACACCAGAUGGCAACUCGCUCCUCUCGCCAGUAGGUAAUCGGGUGACGGUUUUCAACCUCACCAAGAAUACCAGCUACACUCUACCCUUUGCUCAUCGUCGAAAUAUCACCCAUCUAGACCUUACGCCCGAUGGCAGCCUUCUUCUGACCAUCGACGAGAGUGGCCGAGCAAUCCUGUCCGUCUUCCCGAGACGACUUGCAAUCUACCACUUCUCAUUCAAGUCUCCCGUCGCCUCGUUAGCCUUCUCACCGGACGGUCGUCACUUUGUCGUUGGAACAGGGCGCAAGAUACAAGCAUGGAGGACCCCUACCACACCGGGGCUGGGCACAGACGGUGAUCUUGACUUCGCGCCUUUCAUCCUGCACCGAGAGUAUGGUGGUCAUUUCGACGAAGUCAGACAUCUGAGCUGGUCAGGCGAUUCUCGUUUCUUUCUCAGCGCUUCCAAGGACUUGACGGCUCGAAUAUGGAGUCUGGAUCCAGAAGAAGGCUUCGAGCCUACCGUGCUUUCCGGACACCGACAGCAGGUCAGAAAUGUCUGGUUUUCCGCCGACCAGGAAUCAAUAUACACGGUGAGCGAAGACGGGGCUUUAUUUCGCUGGGGAUAUCAAUCAAGUCAACCAGAGGUUGACCAAGGUUCGACCGACCCUUCCGAUGAGAGGUGGCGGAUUGUGCAGCGGGAAUAUUUCAUGCAGAACGCCAAACUAAGAUGCGCUUGCUACCAUCCCUCAUCCAACCUACUGACAGUAUGUUUUGAUAAUGGCCUAUUCUCUCUGUACGAGAUUCCGUCUUUCUCCAACAUUCACAGUCUCUCGAUGGCGUCCUCGCGCAUCUCGGCAGCAGCUGUCAACCAAACAGGGGAAUGGUUGGCUUUGGGCUCCUCCCAAACCGGCCAGCUACUUGUGUGGGAGCACGCCUCCGAAUCCAACAUCCUCAAGCAAUCCUCACAUCUCGAUGCCAUGACGACUCUCACCUAUUCCCCAGACUCUACUCGCAUCAUCACUGGAGCCGACGAUGGUCUCAUCAAAAUCUGGGAUGUCUCUUCCGGCUUCCAUAUAGCAACAUUCACAGAACACAGCUCUGCUGUAACAGCGUCUGCUUACUCCAAGAGAGGCAACAUUCUCUUCACUUCGUCUCUGGAUGGAUCCGUGCGAGCAUGGGACAUGCUCAGGUACCGUAACUUCAGGACUUUCACCGCUCCUCAGAGGCUGUCCUUCUCAUGUCUCGCAGUUGACUCAUCCGCAGAGGUGUUGUGCGCUGCAUCUCAUGAUUCUUUCGACAUUCAUCUGUGGUCGGUGCAGACGGGAGCUCUCCUCGAUCAACUCGCCGGACACGAAGGACCAAUCUCAACACUGGCUUUUACUCCUGAUGGACGGUACCUCGUCUCCGGCUCAUGGGAUCACACUAUUCGGAUAUGGUCCGUCUUCGACCGAUCGCAGACAUCUGAAUCAUUACAACUCAUGUCCGACCUGCUGUGCAUAGCUAUCCGACCAGACUCGGCACAAAUUGCCGCCUCUACUCUGGACGGCUCUAUCACGUUCUGGAACCUCAACACCUCCAUCCAAGAAUCCGGCGUCGACGGUCGUCGCGACGUCAGCGGAGGACGUACCUUGACUUCUCGCCGAACGGCAGCAUCGACCCCCGGAACAAAGUCGUUCAACUCAAUCACCUAUUCUGCAGAUGGCAGCUGUCUUCUCGCUGCCGGAAACAGCAAGUACAUCUGCCUGUACUCCGUCAGCACUCUGACUUUGAUCAAGAAAUUCACCGUCUCGGUGAACAUGAGCCUGGAUGGGACACAAGAGUUCCUCAAUUCCGCAGCCAUAAUGUCAAAUGGCUUGCCAAACGGUAUGAUCGACACAGAAGGAGAAGCCAGCGAUCUUGACGAUCGAAUUGAUCGCAGUCUGCCAGGAGUAAAACGUGGCAGAGAUGCAACGUCCAGGACUCUGAGAACAGAGGUGAGGGUGACUGAUGUUGAAUUUGCACCUACUGGGAGGAGCUUCUGUGCAGCCAGUACGGAAGGGCUGUUGAUCUAUAGCUUGGACGACGUUGGGACCGACGACUUUGAUCCGUUCGAUCUUGACAUCGAGGUCACGCCUCAGAAUAUUCGAGCUCUUCUUGCACAACCCGAGCCGGAGGUUCUCAAGGCUCUGGUCAUGGCAUUCAGGCUGAACGACAAGCCCUUGCUGAGACAUACCUAUGAGUCAGUGCCGUUUGAGACCAUCCCCCUAGUUGUGCGCGAAUUGCCAAGGGUAUACCUUGGCCGGAUGUUGAUGCUCGUCGCGCAGCAAAUGGAGAAUAGUCCUCACUUGGAAUUUGCGCUUCGCUGGCUCGGGGAAAUACUGAGCGUCCAUGGUCGAUACGUCAAAGAGAAACACGGCGACUUUGCAGCCGAGCUUCGUGGCGUUCUUCGAGGCGUGGACGGUAUAGGCAGGACAGUGCGAAGUCUCAGUGAGCGGAACGCUUUUGAGAUUGAGUUCCUCUGUCAUGCCUCGGAUGGGCAAGUUGAUCUUGCUCCCUAUCCGUUGGGCCAAGGUGACCAUCCAAAGACCAAUGGCGUCACGAAUGGUGAUGGUGGCGAACAGGAAUGGAUUGGACUGGGCUGA